CUUGGAGCUAAAAGGUUUGCCUUUUUUGCCUGAUACCUGCGGUUCGCAUUUUUGCGGAGUGACAAGGGUCAAGCGGCUCUGCUAUCGAUCGUCUCUUCAUAUUGCUGCUUAGCGUUCUACAAGCCUACAUAUAUCCUUCAGGAGGGAUGCUUUGCCAUACCAUCUCUGCGUCCACCUCUCGAAGCUCGAUUACCUGGCCUUCAUCAAGUACCAGAUUGCGACGAAUUACAUACCACACAACACCAAGCAGGUAUUCAUCGAGCACCAACACACCAAAGACAGGAUGGCUUCUGGUACACGAAGGGCAGGGCGACAUGUACGUUUUAGUCAUGAAACCAAACAGGCCAAUCGUGCGCUCUCCGUACAACGUCCAAAAUAUCUGAGAUUUAUACCACAUGCUGCCUGCCCAAAGUGGUCAUUCUGCAUAUUACUUCUCUGUCUGAUGGCUACUCCCGUUGCGGCUCAGCCUGACCACACACACGACUGGCGUGAGCCAAUCGCUGCCUUCGUACUCGCCGUGAUCCUUGCCGGGCAUCACAUCAUCGCUUUUACCGAGACGCUUAUUGGCCCUUCCAUGGGUAUUUCGAGCGUGUUAUGGCUAGUGAUGCGCAACGAUGUGGCUAUCGAACCGAAGUGGUCUUGGAUGGUUCUUGGGCUGUGGUCACUCCUCAUGCUUCUUUACUUUACGAUGCAGUGUCGCCGCGUCGCGAAUCAUUCGCUUUACAUUCUUCUUACAAUUGCGACGGCAAGCCUCAGCAUGUGCAUGGUUGCACUCGUACAGCAGUCUUCUCUACAAAGUGGCCUUGUCACUGCCAUUCCGCCUUGCACAUCUUUUGCUGCAUAUGCAGUAGCGUACUUUUUUCCGGACCGUCACAGGGGUAAUUCUUGGUUGUUCGAUGCCUGAUUGACUUGAUCAAAAGCAGACCUACAAGGUCCUACAACAGUGGCCAUGGAGUAUAAAACAGCAUCAUCGCGGAGCGUAGCAUCUAGGGGAAGUUCGGCUUGGAAGGGCGUCAAAAAUGUACGACGGUGGAAGUUCAAAUUAUGUCUACACAUGCAGCUAGAGUACUUCCACAUCACUAUGUCUGCCUACAAUCUUCUCGAACACCUCAUCUAGCGUUGCCU